CUCCAAGUGGGGGUGUGGGAGGGGCCCUGCCCUGGUGAGGGGAAGGAGCAGGGAGCCCAGGCUGUGGAGUGCGAGGCUCUAGAGCAGCACUUCUGACCCUGGGGGCGGGCACGGCCUGCCCUCUGCACCCCCAGGUGCCUCGAGGCCCUUCUGAGAGGGCGGCAGGGUGGCACGUAGCACUGGGUGCUGCAGGGUGAUCUGCAAUAUAAAGCCUGGCGUUGUGGCCUUUCUGCAUUCCCUGAAGCACAGCUGCUGCUCCCAUUUCUUCUUCUGGCCUCAGAAAAGCAAAAAUGAGGAUCUGGCCCUUCCCAAGAGAAGCCCCGUGUCUAGCCAGGGGUGCCUCAAGCAAUGAGUGAAGGCGAAGAGCUGACUCAAGGCAUCCCUAGAAAAACGUCAGUUGUUCGCCUUCACUCGUUCCUUGCCCCCAUGGCAAAAUAAUAAAGCAGUUCUUCUGAAAGACCCCAGCAUGUCAGAGUGGUUUUGACACUAUGGGUUCCUAGUUAAAAUCUCCUGGUUUUUCUUGCGAAUCACAUGCUAUUGUUUGCACACCUAACAGCGCUAAUGUUGCACAGCAUCCUUACAAGGAUCCCACAGCACCCUGGGUGAAAACUGCUGCUCCUAGAUGUGGAAGAGGACCACUUACUCAUCCAACUGGUUAUUUGUUAGAGCAAGGGUGUCCAGGUCAUCCUGGACCAAGGUCAGAUUCAAACCAUAGGAUCUGCUUCUGGACUGGCAGAGGUUGGAAGAAUUUGGUGGCAGAGCGUCUGGGUGGCUUGGUGUAGGAGUGAAGUGUUUUGGGCCAUCUCUAUGCCUGCAGCACCUCACUGGCAUGAGUGGCAUGAGUCAGCAGGAUCCAUGUCCUAGUUUUUUUGGUGUUGAUAAAACAUCGGGAUGGAAACUGAGCAAAUCCCAUGGCACCAGCUUCCUUUUUCCCAUCUCUAGGUCCAGAGGGAGUAUUAAAAUACAUGAAUGCUGGUGAAAGGUACUGGCUUCAGUGUUGGGGGUGAACACUUGUUCGUAGCACCAUGGAAGGUUGGUGGUGGGGAGAGGAAGAGGAUGUGUCAAACUCAAGUUGGGGAGUUUGGCCAAAUUUUGAAAGUCUGUGUUGGGGAAGAGGUUUUAAGGAGACAAAAACUUAUGUGCCUAUGAAAAUCUAGGCUGGGCAGGAACUGACUGGAGAUGUUAAUUUUUCUAGUUGUUAGAGUAAGCUUUUAUCCCUGUCAGCAUGUUUGAAACCUGACUUAAGUGUCAUUUAUUAAUCUCUUGCACCAUAUCUAGUCUCCAGAUUACUGACUGAAAAUGCCAGCAUAACUGCUGCUUAAGGUGGUAGCCUUGUUAUCGCACAGAUUGGGCUGAGCCCUUUCAUUACAUAAGAGUUAACAUCCUUACUAUCUGGGGGUUGUUUAUGUCAGUAUCACUCUUUACUAGUUUAAAACAGGUGACAUAGAAACAAGUUUUCUUAUUUCCUUACUAGGCUCCUCCAUAGAGGGCUAUUCCCCCCCCGCCCCCCCCCCCCUUCAAACAUCACUGGUGGUAAAGAAAAUUCUGCCACUUAUGGAGGGGCCCUACAAAAAUCCUGAGGUGCCUUUGUACCCAGCUUCACUGUUGCCUUUUUAGUAGCAGUUGAGUAACAGUCUGAUUCCAGAAAGGUGCUGAUGUGAGUAUUAGCAGGGAUGUAACUGGAAAGAAAAUGUAUCCAUGUUCAUUCUAGCUUAGUUUAAAGAGAAAAGAAACAUGAUGGACUGGAUCAUGGUUACUAAUAAAUAUGAAAGGAUAUGGUUAUAGGGAGAAAGCAGUAAUCCCUUUCUCAUUCUGAAAGAGUGCUCUCAAGAAUAGAGUGGUGUCUUAAUGGGAUCUUAUUAAGAUCAGUCCCAGUUCAGUCUUAUUUAUGGAACUUGAUGACUCCAUUACAGUCUAAACUCUUCUCUGCAGCGUUGAAUUUUCAACAGCAUCUGACAAAUGUCUUUCAAAACCUUACAGCAAGAGUUAGAUUAGUGUUUCAUGCCAAAAAAAGGUGGAGGGGUAGGGGCAAUGCUAUUUUGAGCUGAUAUUUGUAAUUUAGGGUAAGCUAUUUCUUAGAGGUUUAGAUGUAUGUUUUUUGUUGUUGUUUUUUUUUUUUCAGUGAUUCCUUUUUAAAACUGGCAGUUCUUGAAGGUUGGUGAAGCACAGAAAAAUGGCAUCUGAAGACAUUACUAACUGAAGUGGUGAUCAAGCAAAUUGAGGAAUUUGAUGGCUUGGAAGCACUGCGCCUGGAAGGCAACACAGUGGGUGUGGAGGCUGCAAAGGUCAUUUCCAAAGCCCUGGAGAAGAAGUCAGAACUCAAGUACUCUGGUGUUCAGGUGGAUGGUGGCUGUGCUGCAUCACUAUAGAUGCCAUCUUCUGGAUGCAACCAAUAUGAGGUCUUGAUCAUCUGCAAUCACCACAAAGUGUCAUUGGAGUGACAUGUUCACAGGGAGACUAAGAUCUGAGAUCCCUCCUGCUCUGAUCUCCUUAGGGGAUGCACUUAUUUCUGCUGGUACCCAGCUGGUGGAGCUGGACCUGAGUGACAAUGCUUUUGGGCCAGAUGGUGUGCGUGGCUUUGAGACACUGCUGAAAAGUCCUGCCUGUUUCACCUUGCAGGAACUCAAGUUGAAUAACUGUGGCAUGGGCAUUGGAGGUGGCAAGAUCUUGGCUGCUGCCCUGAAAGAAUGUCACAGGAAAUCAAGUGCUCAGGGCAAACCUCUGGCUUUGAAAAUAUUUGUGGCUGGAAGGAAUCGUUUGGAGAAUGAUGGAGCCACUGCACUGGCUGAGGCUUUUGGGAUAAUUGGGACCCUGGAAGAGGUUCAUAUGCCACAGAAUGGAAUCAACCAUCCUGGCAUCACAGCAUUGGCCCAGGCCUUUGCUAUAAACCCAUUGCUGAAGAUUAUCAACUUAAAUGACAACACCUUCACAGAGAAGGGAGCUUUGGCCAUGGCAGAAACUCUGAAGACUCUCCGGCAGGUAGAAGUGAUCAACUUUGGAGACUGCCUGGUGCGCUCGAAGGGUGCCAUUGCUAUUGCUGAAGCUGUCAAAGAAGGGCUCCAUAAAUUAAAGGAACUGAACUUGUCCUUCUGUGAAAUCAAACGAGAUGCUGCCCUAGCUAUUGCAGAGGCUACUGAAGACAAGUCAGAGUUGGAGAAACUGGAUCUUAACGGUAACUGUCUGGGAGAAGAGGGCUGUGAGCAGCUUCAGGAGAUCCUUGAAGGUUUCAACAUGGCAGAUGUGCUGGGAUCCUUGAGUGAUGAUGAAGGGGACGAUGAGGAAGAGGAAGAAGAGGAGGAAGAGGAAGAAGAGGAGGAAGAGGACGAAGAGGAGGAGGAAGAGGAGCAGCCGCAACAGUUGCAGGAGAGAGGGCAGGGAGAACAAGAAUUACUGCCUUCUAAGAAGAUCCUUGAUUCGCAUGGCUCCCCAGUGUCUUCUCCUCCAAUAGAUGUUGCCACAUUCCUUGCUUUCCCAUCUCCAGAGAAGCUGGUGCGGCUAGGGCCCAAGUGUUCUGUUUUGAUAGCUCAGCAGACAGAUGCAGCUGAUACAGAGAAGGUGGCUACAGCUUUCCUCAAGAUCUCUUCUGUGUUUAAGGAUGAAGCCCCAGUGAAAACAGCUGUUCAUGAGACAACAGAUGCCUUAAUGAGAAAAGCCUUCACUUCUGCCACCUUUAAUUCUGACACGUUCAUCACCAGCCUGCUAAUCCACAUGGGUCUGCUCAAGAGUGAAGAGAAGAUAAAGACUGUUCCAAGCCUAUAUGGCCCACUUAUGACUCUGAACCAUGUGGUCCAACAGGACUAUUUUCCCAAAUCCCUGGCGCCAGUUCUCCUGGCCUUUGUGACAAAGCCUAACCGUGCUCUGGAUUCCUGCUCUUUUGCCCGCCACAUUCUCUUGCAAACACUUCAUCAGCUGUAAUAGAAGCAUAAUGAUGUCCUUUUCCCCUUCAUAGACUUCAUCAGCAGAGAGUUCUUAACUGAAUGGCAGGAGGAAGUUUCGGCUUCUGUGGAAACAUUCUCUCCAUCUCACUGGGAUGUCUUUACGUUUUGUUUUGAGUUUUUUCUGCUUCAACAAACUUGGAGGAAUCCUGCUGACUUUAUUAUUUUUAAAUUAAAUUCCCCACUUCCAAAGCAGACUCCCUGGUCUGCAGAACAAUGAGCUCUGCUAGAAUGAGUCCUAUGGCUCCUUGCUCCACGUGGAUCAGAAAGAAUCCCUAUUUGACUCAAGCUCAAUAUUUCUGUCCAGUUGUGCCCAUACCACCAUCUUACAAGAGGUACCAUACUUGAGGUUUCUCUGGAGUUGCAGCAGAGUCUGAACCCUACUAAGAUUUUUUUGGGGGGGGGGGGGGUAACCAUGGCUCCUAUAUCAUGCUGCCCUCUGCUAUUAUAGAAGAUAAUAGCAGUGUUUGCUGCUGCUUACCAGAUUAACCAGCCCCCUGCUACUGUUCCAGGACUGAGGCAUGUUCCUCCUUGCUCUUAGUCUAACCAUUGGAGGGUGCUGUGUGGCCCAUCUGAAUUUUAACGUAUGCCCCCUCCGACUGUAUAUUAAGUCCCCUUCCAGUGGAGCUGACCCUGGUGGUCUUUGCUUAUGGAAGCAAGCCUGUUUCGUUGUGAUAUUGCCAUUACCUGCAUUUUCCCCUAUUUCUAAUUAAAAUAGGCUUGAUUUGGAAA